UCCUCUGGACUUGGAUCGAUCCAAUUCAUUGCGUUGCCGCUGCAGUCCUCUGGAGACCACACCGCGCCACCCAAUUUCCAAAUCCAACUAAUACCGGAACGGCCCGACCGAGCUCGGCGCCGCGCGGCGCGAUGCACGUCCAAAGCCUUGUUUCCAACGCCCCCCUCGUGGCCUCCACUCCAUCGAGCGCGGAGCGCUGGAGGAGAUCGAAUGCCGGCUUUUCCGCCGGAGCGGCCCUUCCGAUCCGUCGACCGCCCGCCGGCUGCGGCGGUGGAGGCCUCACCUCGUCGCCGUCCGGCGUCUGGCGCGUCCAUGCCGCCGCCGCGAGGAGAUCCUUGGUGUUCGAUUCCAACGAGAAUGGAGGAUUAAGGACAGAUAAAUUUUUCGAAGUUGAGCUCAAGGUCCGAGACUACGAACUUGAUCAAUAUGGUGUUGUGAACAAUGCCAUCUAUGCAAGCUAUUGCCAACAUGGUCGUCAUGAAUUACUUGAUAGAGUUGGCAUUAAUGCAGAUGCCAUUGCCCGCACUGGAGAAUCACUAGCCCUGUCAGAACUACACCUAAAAUACAUUGCACCUUUAAGAAGUGGUGAUAGAUUUGUUGUGAAGGUGAGGCUUAUAGGCAUCUCUGCCGCACGAAUAUUCUUGGAGCACUUCAUAUAUAGUCUGCCAAAUUAUGAGCCUAUCUUGGAAGCUACAUGCACUGCCAUUUGCCUCAACCGAAACCAUUGUCCUACUCGGGUACCAUCUGAUUUUUCAUCAAAAUUACUGCAGUAUUUCUCUUCCACAGAUCCUUAAACUUGUUAUAUUGUUAGAGGAGAAUGCGAAAGCAUUCUGUUCUAAUUGCUGUCUCAUUAAUUCCUUGAGAUUACAAUCUUGUCAUUGCAAUGUUGAAUUCAAAUUGUGUACAAGUUUAUGCAACGGGGAAAGUUGAUUCACUGUUUGGGUUUC